GCGCAAGGCAUCAACAUGACCUUGAACACGAAUAAUACGCAACGUCGCGAUCGUGUUUUGAACCUGUUCGUCCGUUCCACGUCACCGCCUGCCCACAUAUAUAUACGUAGGAUAAAGUGGGAGUGUCAGCCGUGCAGUACAGAGCAACUUGGAACUAAGCACUACAUAUUACUGAAGAAAAUGGAAACCGGAAAUAAAACCCCGUACCAAGGCAACAGAAGAACCUGUGGGUUUUUCGAGUGCGGAAAAUGCAGCAAACGUUGGUUCUCUGCAAAUAGCUGGGCCAACUGCAAUCAGCGGUGUAAAUCCUGCAACACCAACGUUUAUCCGUACAAGCAGGUCAAGCACGAGAAAUCCGAGGAGCCAAAGAAGGAGAUCCGGCCCCACCCACAAGAAAUGUGUCAGAAAUGCAGACAGCUUGGCUUCUUUUGUGGUUCCAGAUAUGCCACCUUUAAAAGCUAGAAUACAGCCAACUUCAGCGUCAAAAAAUACCGGAGAAAAACCUCGCUAAGAUGAAAUAACGAGUGAAAUCUGAAGAAUGGAGAGAUAUGUCAUAAUCCAAAAAUAUUUGAUUACGUCUAAGAUAUAAAUAAUCUGGAAACUACUUUUAGAAGGAAUAUCGACCUACUUGGUCAUUGUUUUGCCUUAAGAAAAAAACGUGUAUUAUUUUAAUAAUAAAUGUAUUAAGAACAAA